AUGCGGCGCAGCCCCUUGGUUGCCACAGCCCACUGUCCAGAUCUUGUCCCCAGCUGGACCAGAACCACCUCCGACCACCGCUGUCACACCACGGGCAGGAGCUGUAGACACGACACAGCAAAUCACCACAUGAACACCCACGGCAAGGAGAAAACCAGGGAACGUCCCUUUUUACAAACACGUUUCCCGGUCCGGGCCGCUGACAUCUCCGCGGGUGGGUGUGCUGUCGGGAUCAUGUGUGGGUAG